CAAAGGCAGAGUGAGCCUGGUUUUCUUUCUCUCAGCAUCUCCACCCUGCGCGCUGAAAACCGCUUCAGAUCUUUAGGGUUCACCAAACUAUGGAACUUGAUUUUGGACACUUUGACGAAAGAGACAAGGCGUCCAGAAACAUGCGAGGCUCACGGAUGAACGGGUUGCCCAGCCCCACUCACAGUGCUCACUGUAGCUUCUACAGAACCAGGACCUUACAGGCACUGAGUAAUGAGAAGAAAGCCAAGAAGGUGCGUUUCUAUCGCAAUGGGGACCGCUACUUCAAGGGGAUUGUAUAUGCUGUGUCCUCUGACCGCUUCCGAAGUUUUGAUGCUCUCCUGGCUGACCUGACCCGAUCCCUGUCCGACAACAUUAACCUGCCUCAGGGAGUCCGUUACAUUUACACCAUCGAUGGCUCACGGAAGAUAGGGAGCAUGGAUGAGCUGGAAGAAGGGGAGAGUUAUGUCUGCUCAUCCGACAACUUCUUCAAGAAAGUGGAAUACACCAAGAAUGUCAAUCCCAACUGGUCUGUCAAUGUAAAGACAUCUGCCAACCAGAAAGCACCUCAGUCUCUGGCCAGUAGCAACAGUGCCCAGGCAAAAGAAAACAAAGAUUUUGUACGUCCCAAGCUGGUAACCAUCAUCCGCAGCGGGGUGAAGCCCCGGAAGGCAGUCCGCGUGCUCCUGAACAAGAAGACUGCCCAUUCCUUCGAGCAAGUUCUCACCGACAUCACUGAAGCAAUAAAACUGGAGACAGGAGUGGUCAAAAAGCUGUACACCCUGGAUGGGAAACAGGUGACCUGUCUCCACGAUUUCUUUGGGGAUGAUGAUGUGUUUAUCGCCUGUGGUCCAGAAAAAUUCCGCUAUGCACAGGAUGACUUUUCUCUGGAUGAAAGCGAGUGUCGGGUGAUGAAGGGGAGCCCUGCAACUGCCACAGGCAGUAAGUCAUCUCCCACUCCUCAGAAGAGCUCAGCAAAGAGUCCAGCCCCCAUGCGCCGGAGCAAGUCUCCAGCCGAUUCAGGUAACCAUCAAGAUGCAAAUGGGACCUCAAGCAGUCAGCUGUCUACACCCAAAUCAAAGCAGUCCCCGAUCUCCACACCUACCAGCCCAGGGAGCCUCCGUAAGCACAAGGACUUGUAUCUGCCCCUGUCUUUGGAUGACUCUGACUCCCUUGGAGAUUCCAUGUAAAGCAACAUGAAGCUAAAUGUCCAUAUUGCAAGCUAUGUUUAGGAUACAGUAGAGUACUUCUGCCCAAAUAAGCAGAUAGGUGACUGGUGCUUUCAAAGCAGACAAAGGACACACAAUUGUAUGUCAUUUUUUUUCUGUGAUUUAUCCUCUGUGCCACAAACCAACACCUACCAGUUUACAGAGAUAGAGGGAUACCAUUUUUCUAAGUCAUAGGGGUGCAAAAUGGACAUUGCAAGCAAUUUGGGGCCAAUAUACCAAUGAUCCUCUGCAUCUCCCAUUUUCUUCUAUUAUUUCUUCUGCUGCUGCAACUCUCAGUUUCUUAGUGAUAGGAAAGUAGCUCCCCUAAAAGCAUGCAAAGGGGUCACUUGCUGACCGGUCUGCAAGCCCAAGUAGAGCAAACGAUCUUCACCUGUCCAAACUGCCAGCAUUUGCCAGCUCACUGCUCCUCACCUGCAGCCCUGAUUUUAGCACCUGCAUCCUAACUAGCACUGGGCUCACUCUGUGCCAGCAGAAGCUUGGGCAAGACUCAGAAUGAUUGCAGAAGAUGCUAAGUAAGGUUAGUGCAACAGUGAUUCAAAUAUUGGGAUUUUUUUAAAUGAUACUUUAAAGAUUAAACAAAGAAAUGUGGGUCAUCUGAGUUAUCUGGAGUGGAACAUGUUGCCCAUGUGAUCCAAUGAUCCUGCUAAGCUGGUAACAAGUUUUACACCUCCCCUAUGGUAUCUCUCUAUCUCUCUUUGUAACAGCAAUGCCUUCUGAACAGCCAACACUGAAAACACUGUGAAAUUUUGUUUUCAGGUUUGACACCCUACAGGUCACUUUUUAUAGCAAAAAAAAAAAUCAAUACACUUUUUAUAAAAGAAAACCUUGUAUCUGUGUUUUGGGAGUAAGGACUCAAGCUCCUUUUUUAUAAAUGCUGGUGAUUUUCUUUUGUUUAAAAAACACAUUCAGAAAAAUGUACAAAAAAAACCCAACAACUGACAACUGCAGAACAAGAAUAACAACAGCUCAGCUUAGAGAUCUUCUUGUCACUGCCAAAACAGACACAUGUAGGGGGGGGGAAAGUCAGUUCAAAAUAUAAAAUGUUUUGAUAGUUUUUGUAAUGUUUAAGACUACAUAUUUGGGUUUUUACACUUCAGUAUUCCUUACUAUGGCCAGCUUCUCUACUUCUAUAAGAAAUGGAAUUUUGUGGUGUUCAAUACCCUGUAUUUUAAGAAACUCUUCUAUCUGACACAAAAAAUCUUGCUGUAUUUAGAGAAACCUUUUGCUUUUAUUAGUCAGUAAUAACUCCUGCAGAAUGCAAAGUUCAUCUAUUCACGCAGGGCUGGUGGUUUUGAUGCUGACAAAGCUUUGUCAUAAGCUCACUAGAAUUGCCUCCUUUCCUCAUGGAGUAAGCUUUUGGUGAAACUGGUGAUUACAGAACUUACCUAAAUGAAAUUUGUGCAAUCAGAUCUUUCUUUGUUGCUCUAUUUGCCUUUGUUUCAACAGACUCACCUGUUCCCUCUUGCCUUGCAAUCCCUUGUGAUUAGAAUGAAUUACAACCUUGUGACGCUUGAUGCUACACGAACACCAUAGUUCCCAAAGCCACUCCAUGUUUUCUUUGUUUGCAUUGCUGGUAGGAAACAAUCUGUGCAGGCUGCAUCUUUGGAAGUUCAUGCGAUGAUACAUAUAACGCAACUUGAAGAAGAGAUUUAUCUGAGAGAGGACAGGAUUGGGAAUUAUCAAGGGGUCAGACUUAUUAUGCACCACAUUUGCACCCAGUAGUCCUAGUGCAUGAUCAUUUACACCCAGAGUUUUGCACAAGAAAUCACUUGUUCCCACAAAUAACUUCAUUUAAUUGAGUAACGCUCUGUGCAACUGCUAAAUGGUCAUUUCACCUGUUGUAUAUAGAAGCCGGGCUUUAGUUCAAAGGCUAAGGGCUCAUGUUGAAGGUUUGUGAGGGAAAGGAUGGUCAUGUGCAGUGGUCAGGAUGCCUUCAUUUAGCCCUUGGCUUUGCUAAAUGUAAUGUCUGAACAGGAGCAGGUCUCUUAGUAACCCUGUGCCUCAAUCUGUCUGUCUGUCCCGGCAGGGACAACACUGUUCUACCUCACUGGGGGUUGUGAGGCCAAAUGUUGGUUAACAUUUGUAAAGUGCUUUCAGAUCCUCUAACAGAAGGCCCUGAAGUAUUCUGGGUGCAGAUUUGGUUAUGGGUGCUAAUUUUUGGUUGUUUAUUCCUGUGAGUGCUACUGUAGACGCUGGUCGUGAGAAAAUGUGACCUUUUAAGCAUAAGGUUGUCAAAGACCACAGUUAUGCUAGCUAUUCAUCAGAGCUUUUGCCUUGGUAAAAGCGUUUGUGGAACAGAAAAUUCAACAUGCUUUUACCCUCUCCUCUGUUCUGUUGCUGGUGAUCUCAGAGUCCCUUCCCAUGUCUCUGCCUUUCCAAGGACCCUGACUAGCAGUCCUGGCCCUGUUAGAGAUGAUGGAUUUGUACUCCAGUCAAAGGUGGUGUCACCCCAGUGACA